CGAUACAGUAUGUACUAUGGUACUGUAUACUAGAAGCACCAACGCAAUGGCAUGAGCAUGUUGGCUGGAUCGACACGCAGACUUUACUCUAGUUUAGAGUGAACGGAGCGACAAACAAAAGACGUGGUGUCGACGAAGUGAAUUAUUCAAGUAUCGACCGCUGCAGUCAGCUGCGUUGGAUGCAAAAGACUGCUGCGAGGGUUGGUGGAGCGAGGCUCCGUGUUGACAAUGGUAGAGUGCUGCUGAUGCUGUCUUCUAGAGGAUUGGUCCCACGGCAUGACCAGGGGUCCACAGACAGCGAAAAAUGGCGUAAAGGUCGAGUAUCCGUUCACAUGGCUGCUACGCCAUGGAGGGAGGUUGUUUGUGGAAACAAACAGCUUGGGAGUGGCGGGAGGCUGUGCGCUGUUUUGAAAAGAUCCGUGGUUGCCUUUCAGAGGUGUGGCUGGGUGCUGCUUUCAGGUGGACGAAACCACCAACAAACAGCGGGGGGGUGUACGCCGUCCCGUGCAUUAGAGGGAGACUCGAACCGGCAUACGAAGGGGGCGAGCUUUUGAAGACUGAGCUCUUCACGCCCCUGCAUUCAACCGUCCUCUUGAG